AUGGCCGCCCUGCGCGCCCUGCUGCUGCCCGUCCGCCGCGCGCUGCGCCCGCGCCCCGGCUGCCCCGCGCGGCGCCCCUUCGCCUCGGGUGCCGGCUUUGAGUACAUCAUCUCGGAGAAGACGGGGAAGGGCGGCAGCGUGGGCCUGAUCCGGCUGAACCGCCCCAAGUCCCUCAACGCCCUCUGCGACGGCCUGAUCACUGAGCUCAACCAGGCCCUGGACGCCUUCGAGGUGGACCCAGCCGUGGGAGCCAUCGUCCUCACGGGCGGGGAAAAGGCAUUUGCAGCUGGGGCAGACAUCAAGGAAAUGCAGAGCCGGACCUUCCAGGACUGCUACUCCGGUACAUUCCUGGGCCACUGGGACCGCCUGGCCCGCGUCAGGAAGCCCAUCGUGGCCGCCGUCAACGGCUUCGCUCUGGGCGGGGGCUGCGAGCUUGCCAUGAUGUGCGACAUCAUCUACGCCGGAGAGAAAGCCCAGUUUGCGCAGCCAGAAAUCCUGCUGGGCACCAUCCCAGGCGCAGGGGGCACUCAGAGGCUGACCCGUGCUGUCGGAAAGUCGCUGGCCAUGGAGAUGGUCCUCACUGGUGAUCGGAUCUCAGCCCAGGACGCCAAGCAGGCAGGUCUUGUGAGUAGGAUCUUCCCAGUGGAGACUCUGGUCGAGGAAGCUGUCAGGUGUGCAGAAAAGAUCGCCAGUAACUCAAAAAUCAUCACAGCGAUGGCCAAAGAAUCCGUGAAUGCAGCUUUUGAGAUGACGCUGACAGAGGGAAAUAAGCUGGAGAAGAAGCUCUUCUAUUCAACCUUUGCCACCGCGGACCGGAAGGAGGGCAUGACCGCAUUUGUGGAGAAGAGAAAGGCCAACUUCAAGGACCAGUAGGGCCCGGCCGCUCUCCAGGAAAGACCCGCCGCCCCUCGGGCUUCGGGGUCUCUCAGCGCCGGGUCAGUGUGGGCUCCGCCAGGGCCACGGUGCGCCGGGGCCGUCUCAGGUCACCAUCUGCCUUCCUUGGUCAGCUGCGAGGGUGGACGUUCUGCUGCUUUUGUAAACCUGGAGUGGGGCGUAUCAAGGGCUGCACACACGGCGCCCCAUAAAUAUCUCCUCCUUGCCGCCUGGCGUCCUUCUUGUUGGGGUGAAAUGAGC